ACAAACCAACUAUGAUACAAUAUAAGAUUCAAUUUUUCCUUUUUUUUUUACCUAAACUGGACUAAUCUGUAUGUUACGUCAUUAUGUUAUGGUUUAUAAAGCACAUGUGAAAGUUUAAAAUUUAUGAAACCUCCAGAACAAUUGAUCUGAUUGGUCAGUAGGUGGAUAUGAUUGCCCAAUAGCGUUUCGUAUAUAAAGACGUUUGCCUUCAAUCUGUCUGAAGUAUCAAGUUAUUUCCAAGACGAAGUUGUCUAUUGAGAAUUGUUUUUAAAAAGUGAACAUGAACACAUUCUUCAGUAAUUUGUUUCUAUUGCUUUUUUCAUUACUUUUACUGAGCAAUGUCCAACCCUCUCCACCUACAACAAGAAGUCGUCCGUGUGACUACGUCAAGUGUCGUUAUCCGAGGCAAUGCGUUUUAAAGAUUUACGAAUGUAAAGAUAACUUUUGUUACGUAUACCCAACUUGUGUUAAAUUAAAUCCUAAUUGCCCUUCGAUGCCCAUGUGUGGUCCUGAAUGUUUCGGUCUUUGGCUAACGAAGAAUCGUUGUGUUCGUUGCGCUUGUUAAUAACUUGUACAUUAUAUU